AUGGUCAAAGUAUUGAGUUAUAUUCUGCUUAGUGGGCUAGUCCUAGUUAGCUGUUUAAGGCCUGAGGACCAAAGUGUCCUUCGGGAUAUUCAGCACCUUAAAAAUCUCAGGCCACUAGGUACUGAGUUCGCCGAAUACUUCAAAAAUAUAACCCAAAACGGUUUAAGUCCUUUGAAUUCCCGAUUGUCAGCUCGGGAAGAUUCGUGCCUUAGUGACAUGUACAGCCUUAUGUUGGCUCUUCGAAGCGGCCAAUUAUGGGCAAUGAAAAUGAUUGACUCAUGGGGUUCCAUACCCUCAGGCAUAUUUACGGGUAACGUAUAUGAUUUGGGAAACUUCGACGAGUGCCUGAAAAUCAAAAAGGAUACCAUACAAGGAAAAUAUUGUUUCUUAGAAGUGAACCCAGGUAAAUUGCUGGGCGUUGAAAGUGCACUGGCAGGCAUAGUGAAAAUGAAAAUUGCAACUUGUUUUCCGGCUUCCUGUUCGGCCAGUUACAUUAAUGGUUUUAUAAAUCAAAUUUUGAAUGUGAAUAUGUCCAGCACAGCCUUGAGUAUCAGUGACAGUACUUGCCAAACCUCUGAAAAAGAACCCUGGAAUGCUUUAACCAUUUUAACAAUAUAAAUUAGAUUGAUAAUUAUAAUUACAGAUCAGCUGCCCAGGAUUGUCAAGUUGCUUUCUGCCAGAGCCAAUUCCCGAGCUCUUUUCCGCGUGGUGGAAAAUAAAUCGAAUCCAAAUGUCAUCGAAUGCCUUCAUGGUAUUCGUGGGAUGUCCCUCUGCUGGGUGUUGUUCCUUCAUCAAUAUGCGAGCAUAUUUUAUUCUCCAAAUAUUAAUCGAUUUAGUCUUCUCUCGUGGAUUCAAAGACCUUUCGCUAGUUUCUUUUUGCAAGGAACUUUUUCAGUCGAUUCGUUUUUCUUUAUCGGCGGGUUGUUGGUUUCUUUGAUUUCAUUGCGAUUAAUGGAAAGAAACAAAGGCAGAUUUAAUGUGCCUAUGAUGUAUCUUCACCGCUUGAUCCGCAUUCUCCCCAUUUUGGCCAUGGCUAUUCUAGUCUACACCCAACUUACGGGUGUUCUUGUGGAUGGUCCACUUUUCAUUGGUGGAUCCCAUGACAAAUCGUCAUGUGCAAAAACCUGGUAUAUGACCUUGCUGUUUGUGGUUAACUUCGCCGAUGAUAUGUGCCUCGAUCAUACCUGGUAUCUGGCGGUGGAUAUGCAGCUCUUCCUCAUCUCUCCAAUCUUUUUGUUUGCUCUCCAUAAGUGGGGAAAGAAGGCUGCUGCUGGAAUUUUCGUUUUGAUAGUUUUGCUAUCCGGUUGCCUGUUUGCCACCAUGAUGGUCAACAACUACUCAAUAAAGAAUCUUGAUCUAACUUUACAAAAGCAAAUGUACUUCUACACGCAUACCCAUGCCGCUCCUUGGCUGAUUGGAUUUCUGUUCGGUUACUUCUUGUACUUGAACAAGGGAAAGCAGAUCAAGUUGCACUGGGUAGCUGUUUGGUCGGGAUGGAUUCUUUGCCUGGCCAUGCUCUUCACUUCGAUCUUUGCCCUCUUUCCGAUAAUGGACUCAGGCAAACCAUGGCUGGCAACCACUUUAGAGCUUUCAUGUUUCUAUACACUCACCCGAGUGGGAUGGCCCAUGGCUAUUUGCUGGGUUGUCUUUGCCUGUAUGCAAGGAUAUGGCAGUCUGGCCAAUAGUUUCCUCUCCUCACCGCUGUGGCAACCACUUUCAAGGCUUUCGUAUUCCGUGUAUAUGUGGCACAGUUUUAUCCAGGGGAUAAACCAAGGGAUUGCAAGGACAAAUACAUACUUCUCGAAUUAUCAAGUGAUGCUUGAUUUCUGGUCAACCAUGGGAUUCACUGUACUGUUUUCCUACUUACUGUACUUGCUGAUUGAGGCGCCUAUUGGUGGUCUUGACAUUUUCUUACGCCCCCAAAAGAAGCCAUCUGCAGAAAUCAAACCGAUCAAAGAUGAUUCAGAGCCAGUGCAGGAGACCCAGAUCGAUGAUGUUGACUCAAGCAAACCAAAAGAACUGGAAGCCACUGACUUAAAUUCUCAAACAUCUCCUGAUUAGAUUGUGAAAUUUGGAAAAGCAAUAAAUUUGCACGAAUUUGAAUCAAAAGAA